GGCUGUAGAACGACAGUGAGCGAAAAGGCUGUGCGCUGAUCACCGUCCGGGGGUUGGGAGGUAGAGGAGGAGAGCGCAGACGGGGUAGGGGAAAGUAAGGCAAGGUGUGGCGAGACGCCAUUACCCACAUUGAUCUUCUUGCUCCCGUCCCGUUCGGAGGAAAGAGCUCGUUUCGUUAGCAGAGCUCUGUGGGAGUGAAGAUGGCGCGCAAGGCAGUUCUCAUCGGGAUCAGCUAUUGCGACAACCGACAGAUCCCGAGUCUGGACGGUCCUGUCCACGAUGUCGUACACGCGAAAUCCGUGUUGACGUCAUCGUACGGCUUCGCCGAGUCGGAUAUUUUUGUGCUUGUCGAUGAUCCGUGCGUCUACACCGGCGGUGCUCUCUCGCCCACCAAGUGCAAUGUGUUGGCCGCUCUCGAUUGGCUUGUGAAAGGUGCGUGCGAUGGUGACAUUCUCUACGUGCAUUUCUCCGGCUAUGGCUCCCAGGUUCCGUCAAAGGCUUCCUUCGAAGGCUUGGAGGAGGUCAUCCUGCCGGUCGACGCGACGGCCGAUGCUAGCGGUUUCAAGAAUUUCAUCGCACAUGAUGCGUUCUUGGAGAAGUUCGACUGUGUUCCGAAGGGCGUUACUGUUGUCUUCGUGUUCGACACUGGAUUCAGGGCUGAUAAUGAAUGUGCGGCAGCAGUUCAUCAUUACACGUGUCGCAGCCUGCUGAACAAGGCUGUGAGGACGAGGGGCCUCGAGAAUUUCGGCGCAAGGGCGGGUUACAGGAAGCUGAAGGACGAGGGGAGGUUCGCCGCGUUGAAAUCUGGGAAUCCUCUUCGAGACACGUGCUUCGCUACUCCUUCUGCCUGGUUUGCCAGCGACGAACGACAGUCGAGCUGGGACGCGAAAAUCGAAGGGAAAGCUGUGGGCGCCUUCAGUUAUUACUUCUAUGGCGCCAUCACCAACUCAUGCAACGGCACCGAUAUCACGAAUGACAGCCUACUAUCGGCCACUACGCAAGCGCUCUACGAUGCCGGAUUUUUGCAGAAGCCCGUUUUCGCAUCCGUUGAUGCCGACGGCAAGCAGAAGAAGUUCCUUCCGCCCGUGCCUGCGCCGCCCGCUCCCGUCGUCUGCCCGGCGCCGGCCGAGCCGCAUCCUGUCUGCGGACCUGCGCGGACGGUCGAUACUAUCGUGAGGGAUCUGGUCUGUGCUUUGGGUGUCACCGGUCUGGAUAUUGCGACUCGCAUCAAGGAGGGUUGGUCGAAGCUUGAGGUAGACGAGCAAGUUGUCAUAUACGAGUCGUUGUUCACGGCGGGAGGUGUGAACGCGGUGAAGCUGGGUGCGGAACUUGCGGGUGAUGAGUGCUUCCUCCAAACGAUAAAGUGUCUGGGUGAUGUGGUCUUUGAGAAAUGCUCUCGAUAUUCGCUGAGUUACUGGGUCAAGUGCUCCCGCCCGAGUGCGAAUUUCUGCUGCAUCCCCCCUCUUCCUCCUGUCGUCCCUGUUUGCCCUCCUCCCCCUCCUGCAUGUCCGCCACCGCCUGCCUGCCCGCCAGCAUGUCCACCACCACCUGCGUGCCCUCCCGCAUGUCCAGCACCGCCUGCGUGCCCUCCAGCAUGUCCGCCGCCGUCCUGCUUGACACGCCUCCAGGAGCUCUCAAUCGCUUAUCUCAAGAAGCAUGCGGUCUCUGCCGAUUGCGAGACUGUCGUCGAGCUUCUGGCGACUCGAAUUGCCCUCUCCCAAUGCGCCGCCCUUGCCGACCAACAGAGGCUUGUGGAUCAGCUUKCGUGUCUWGUUCAGUCYAAGGCAUACGCCUUGAUYGCUGAGCUGUUCGGUGAUGCUCKCCCACCUGCAGGUCUCAAACUUCCCGGUACCGUCUGCGCGGAUCCGUGCGCGCCSCCACCGCCACCCCCUCCCGCAUGUGUGCCMCCUCCCCCUUGCCCGCCCGCGUUCGUUGAGCUUGACGCUCGGCAGAGCUACUUCGUCRGCAGGAUUGUCAGCUACGUGAAAUGCUCCACGGAUGCSACGAAGGUGAAGGAUAUGGUCACGAAGCUCGCAGGCUGUGCUGGCAUCGGCCUCACUGCGCAGCAGGCAAUCAUCGACGAGAUCGCCACUCUGGUGGAGGCGGACGGGUGGUUUGCCUUGAAACUGAUCUUUGCCAAGGAGGCGCCUGCGGGUUUGAAGUUCCCAGAGAAAUGUGUGGUGCCUGCUCCAGCCCCUUCGGUUUGCCUSCCCCAGGCAUGCCUUACUGCCGUCCAAAUCGCCACGGUGGAGAAGAUCUCGGACCUGGUGGAGAAUACCUGCGAUCGUGAACUGGUGCGAGGAUUGCUSUUGAAGCUCGUGGAACCGUGUCCGUCAGACUUGGACCACAAGCAGAGCCUCCUMGAUGAGGUCGUUAGAUUGGUGAAGAUCGCAGCAAGGCCGUGCCUUCCCKCGUUGUUCGUCGCYGAGCCGYCGAAGGGUUUGAUUUUCCCUGCAGGAACCUUCCASAAGGAUCCUUGCGAGCCCAAGGUAGGGGGCGGCGUGUCGCUGACUGUGCGCCAGAAGAAUGCGGUGGACUUGCUGGUGAGGUAUGCGUUGAGGGCGGUCGAAGUGGAAAGGGUCCGUGACCUGGCCACGGUGAUUGCGUGCAACAGCGACCUGACACGUGACGUGCAGCAGCAGAUCAUCGACAAGAUCGCRACGCUGGUGGAGAUCCGUGCCUACCCUGCUCUCCCGGAGUUGCUGAGCGUGGACGUUGCUGUCUCCGCGCUGGUUUUYCCUCCUGGGACGUUUGUCUCCACGUACGAGCUGGCCACCGGUGAGGCCCUGAAGGACCUGAAGAGUGCGGAGGAGAGCCUCCGGGAUCUCGUGUGCAAGUUGGGAGUGGAGGGGUACGAGAUCGSAAUGAAGGUGAAGUSGCAGUGGGCGACCUUGGAAGUGGAAGAACGMAAGASCAUAUACAAGUCGCUGUACACGAAGGGCGGGCUGGACGCCGUCAAGGCGGCCGCUGUGUUGGGCAGUGAGGUGAACUACGUGGAGUUGCUGGCCGCGGCCGUUGGAUCAAGCGUCUGCUGCCCGRCYGUUCCCCCWGUUCCCGARGCAGAGCUUUCCACGGCUGUGCGGAAGCUCCUGGAUAUCCUUGUCCUGGGGGCGGGCAUCGCCGGCUAUGAUCUGGGUGUGAAAAUCCUGAAGGAGUGGAAGUUUUUGAGCGCCGAGGAGCGCAAGAGUGUUUACACGGAUCUCCUCCGACUUGGUGGCGUCGAGGUUCUGGCCGCUGGCGCGAAACUCGCUCGCGAUCGCGUAUUUUUGGAGGAAUUGGUCGCCGUGGGCACUAAUCUKUCGUCSAAGSCAAGCGAUGUCUGCGACACCGCGGCGGAGAAAGCCUCGCAGCAACAGCAGGAUUUGCGACAGGUGGUGGUGUUGGCCGGCUGUGUUGGAUAUGAAUUGUCCGUGAGGCUUCUGUCGGAGUCMCUCUCUGUYKCAGACARGCGYGAKAUUUACUCGAAGCUUUUCGCAGAAGCGGGCCUCGAGGCCGUUCGAUUGGGUGUGUCACUUGCCAAGGACGCCGCUUUCGUGAAAGAAUUGACGGUUAUUGUCCAGGACCUCACUGUGUUCCUGUGCAAGGGAGGGUACUUGGACGAGUGCCCAGUUCCGGCUGCUUGCUUGCCGAAGCCCGAGGAGCCCGCGCCUCCGGCCUGCCCUCCCUGCGUGACUGAGUGUGUAACCAUCGCCACGAAAGUGGGAAAGGCUGCUUUGAGGGAUAUUGUUUGCGUCGCGGGCCUGCGGGGCUACGAGAUUUCCAUCCGUUUGGUGAAGGAGGCAGCCACAUUGUCGGCCUCUACAAAAUUGGAGCUCUAUGGCGAGUUGCUCGGCGAGGCUGGGCUUGAUGCGCUGAGGCUGGCGGCAGUGGUUGCAGGCGACCGUUGUUUCCUGGAUGAGCUGAAGAAAUUUGGCGAGGAGGCUAUCCUUUCCCAAGUGUUGUGUGCCACCAGGGAUACUACUUGCGACCGACUCAGGGAGCUGAUUUGCCUGACCAAUGCUGAAGGGUACCACCUGGGUGUGACGCUGGUGGAGAAGGUCACCGUACUCAGCGUUAAGGAGAGGCAUGAGAUCUAUGGAAAAAUCUAUGCCUUGGGCGGGUUGUCGGCGGUGAAGGCUGCAAUUGUUGCCGCGAAAGACAAGGAGUUGGCGGAAUCUCUGAAAGAGUUCACUGACAAGGUGACGGUCUCCAUCGUGGAGCUCGUCCUUGAAACCGUCUGCGUUAUUCCUCCCCCCGAAUGCAAGCCCGAGCCACCUGUCUGCCCGGCGCCACCUGUCUGUCCGGCUCCUCCUCCUGCCUGUCCUCCUCCUGCCUGUCCGGCUCCGCCUGCCUGUCCCCCACCGCCUGCCUGUCCCGCUCCACCUGCCUGCCCCGCUCCUCCAUCAUGCGACACUCUUAACGCGGAGCAGAAGAGAAUAAUCGUUGCGCUUUACUACUUGGCCGGUGAGGAUGAGGGAGUGAAGGCCUACGCCACCCAGCUCGCCUUGGAGGGCAAGAAGCUCGCCGACGAGAGCAAGAGGAAGCUUAUUGGCCACAUUAUCUGCCGAACGGGGCUCGACGGUGUCGACCUUGUGCAGGCCUUGAGUGAGGGCGCGUGUGUUCUUCCCAAAACCCACUGCUAAGUCGACAUUCAAGGUGCAUGAGACUAGUCCUCUGCAGAGACUGCAUUAAAGGUGCCAAGUAUAAUUAGCUAAUGCAACAGCAGGUGCCCCACCGACUGCGGCUUCUGCAGAGGCAGGCAGCGGUGCGGGAGACUAGUCAUCAAUCGAGAGAUCUUGUGAGUAGAUUCCGUAAAUAUUGCACAAGUCGCAUCAGAAGGCAGGGCAGCGAUUGAAGAAAGUGCGUCGUGUAGUUGUUUGGCCAGGGUACAAUCCGUCGAUACUGUUCACUCAAGACUCGAGAGUUCUUCGCCCUAGCGCGCUAUAAACUUGUUGUGAAGCGUGUAGUUGUUUGGCUAGGGUACAAUCCGUCGAUACUGUUCACUCAAGACUCGAGAGCUCUUCGCCCUAGCGCGCUAUAAACUUGUUGUGAAGCUGUGAGCAAUUGUGCGCAGAGAUGUAGUUUGCAGAGCUUGUGAAACGCGGUGUUAAGCAGUGAGUACUGAUCUCCGUGAAACAUGUCGUUGGAGUGUCUAUCUGUUUACGCUCCAUGUUCAUAUCUUGAGCGACGAAAAAUGUGCUGUUCCGUAAUGAGACAUGGUGUGUUGGUCUGCCGUUUCCCUAGUAGUAGUACAUAGCGAGUAGCUGGAACGUGCAUCUGAUGCAGAUUUCUAAUUUGCCUAUCCUUGUGUUGAAUGGCGUCCUUGAGAGAGGGGAACUGGAUAAUAGCUUUUAAGCUCAUAAUGAUCGCUGUGGAACUUGGUCGUUGAUUUGAAGGGCGACACCAUGGAUCACCAAUAUGUCCGAAUAAAAGCACUCUCUCCAUUCCCAAGGACCAACGUUCCGUUUCACUCUUUUGUACUAUGUCUGUCUGUCUUUUCCUUUAUGUCUUGCUGUCCCAUGUUCAACGGUUACCGACUGUGAAUCUGCCUAUGUU